GGUAAACAAAAUGUACGUCUGCGAUUGCUGUGAAUUCAAAACAGUAAAAGAAAAUAAUUAUAAAAGACACCUGUCAACAACCAAGCAUAUAAGGGCUUCAAGUUUUAUCAGCGGAAACGAACAAAACAAUCUCCAAACUACCGUGGAUGUGCGUCUCAUUCUGUCACCAGACGACCAACAAAGUAGAUGCGAGGAGGUACAUGAAGAUGAUGAACUACAGGACGAUCGAAGUGAAGAUCAACGCGAACGUGAACCAUUCAUUGGUAAUUCGAAUCAAGGGGAAGGUGAACAAACAGAAUACUAUCCAUUUAAAAACAAGUUACAUCUUCUACUUUACAUCUUGAAAAAUUCACCAACACAUGCAGUGAGCAAUGAAGUCGUUAAGUUUGUGAUGUUCAUCAUGAAAGAAGUUGGGAUAAAGGAAGAGAUUCCAUCAAUGCAUGAACUUGAUGCCACCAGUUUUGGAGAUUUGAAUUGGGAGACUUUAGUAGAUGAGCAUCAUGCUGAAGAUGGAACAUCAUUUUGGUGCUUGAAGCCAUCAGAAAUUCUGAAACUAUUUCUAGCAAAUCCCAAAUUUGCAGGGGAUAUUAUGAGGUACCCUACAAGUAAGAACAACCAUCCAUCUGGAGCUGAAAAAUGGCAGAAAGAUCUUGCAUUCCACCAUAUGAGAGUUGAAAAUGUGUCAUUCUUUACUGGCAAAAUGUACACAUAUAAAGAUGAUCAAACAGAGGAGGAGCAACAUGGGAUGCUGAAAAGCUUCAUUGAUGAUGUAAACCAUGAUGCUAUUAAAGCAGUCAUCCAACCAUACACAGAAACAAAUGAAGAUGGAUCUGGCCAUCAAAGAGUUGUUCGAGCAUUGGAUUAUACGAUACACGUUCCUUUAAAACAAUUGAAAGAAUGUAAUGAGCAAGCAUAUUGCCAGCUUGAAAGCGUGUCAAACCUGGCUGCAGAGAAACCAUCAAUUCCAAUAUGGACAUUGCCUGUCAAUAUUUUCGUUGACGAUACUUCUGCAAUCAGGAGUAAGAGAUGGCUCGGUCUACAUUGUGUGCAAAUGCAACCUGCAGGAUUAAAGCUCCAUCUUCGACAACAUCAUGAGUCAAUCUUCUUAUUAGGUGCGUCUGAAAAAGUUGACCCUAAUACUCUUAUGAAGCCGGUCAUCUCAGAUAUACAGAAUUGUAAAAGGAAUGGAAUUAGUGGAUUUGAUGCAUACAGAAUGGAGGAAUGUACCAUUACAACAGACUUGAAUGCCGUUGUUGCAGACUUCAACAUGCAGUCAUAUCUUUGCAACCACCUCGGAGCCACUGCUACCAAAUAUUGCCCACGUUGUUAUGCAGAUGCAGAACAUGCCAUCAGGAAGGCAGAAGAAAGAACACCAACUAAGACAUUGACUACCAUAAAUAGAAUUAAUAUGAGAAGUAUGGAGACAGACAAACGUAAAUUAAGGCAACGGACAGGAGUUAAGGAAUACGAAAACCAUAUCUGGGAUGUGUUGAAUCCUCACAGGGACAUUCCUGUUGGCUUCCUUCAUCUCAUACCGCUUGGCCUCACCAAACACUUAGUGAAGUACAUCUUGAAAUCAAUUUCGGACGAAAAGGUUGAAAGGCUGCAAGCUCACUUGUCCUCUCUUACAAAUGAAUCUUUUGCCAACAACUUUUUUUCCUCCAUAAACAGUCGUCAAGGCAAAGACUUCAAGCAAUAUUUGCAGUUUGCCCCAAUCAAUUUUGCAUUUGUUGGCAUACCACGGGAACAUUUGAAAAUGCUGACUACACUUGCAGAGAUCCAGAAAAUUCUUCUUAAAGAUGAAUUUGUUGAGGAAGAUAUCGUUGAGACAGAACAUCUUGUCAACAAGUAUUUACAACUUGUUGAUGAGCAUGCACCGGAAUUGAGAAGAAAAGUCAAAACUCAUCUACUGUGUCACUUGGUUGAUGAUAUCAGAAGACAUGGCCCUCCAAAAGGAUACACAGAAGAUGGAUUUGAAAAAAAGCAUGCUUCAAUACGCAAUGAUAUCUUUCACCAAAACCAAAAACAGAGAAGCAGAGACACUGCAAUUUCAUUUUCGCACAUGACAUUGCUUAACCAUGUGAUUUCUGGUGGAUAUUUUCCUGUGAAUGAUGAUUGGGUGUGUAUUGGAGAAAAGGCAAGGACUUUGGGGCAACAACGUGAAAUAGUCCAGUUUAUUGGUAGAGAGAUGCCCCAGGAGGAGGGAGAAGUUCCAAUUAAGAAACUGAAAAGGAAACCCAAUGGGAAGGUUAUUUCAACUGCAAUGGAGGAGUGUAUUCUCCUCCAGCUCUGUACAGAGAUGGAGGUACCAGCUUUCUCUCCAGAGGAUGCAGUCAUAUUUACAGGAAAAGCUGCAAGAACCAGGAGGAAAAAUGAGCUCGCAAAUAGUGGGGAUGCUGUGCAGUAUCUUUCAUCGCAAAAUGAGGUGGCCGUGGGGAUUUUUGAAGAGGGCCUUAUUAUAAAAAAAAAAAGGAGUGCAGAGGUCAUUAAUGCAGUCAAAUUACAAAUCAUGGAAAAGACCGGAAUUGCAACAGAGACUGGAUGUAAAAUUUUUGAGUUGAAAGACACAUUUAUUUUUGUUAGUCCUAGCAAGCUAGUGCAGUUGGAACACAUUUUUCACAAUUGCAAAUAUGCCAGCUGUCGGGUGACAAAGACUAACUCUAAUGAAAUGGGUAUUGUAAGACACAGAAAUGUGAACUCUUACAUAUGGAAUCAAUUCAAAUUAUGAAUGUUGUGCUGAAUGUAUUGAUCACAACAUUCAUUAUUUGAACUGAUUCCAUAUAUACAUGCAUGUGUAUGUACAUGCAUAUGUAAAAGUCUCUACAUGCAGGAGAUUAAGUUGUUUUGGGUAGUUAGUCAUUAGGAUUUUAUUGUGAAAUAGAAUUAAAAUUGGAAUAACAAUUUAGCCACAUUGUUACCUUUGGUAACAAAUUAUCAUUCAGAGACCAAUGUUUUUGACAGGUAUUAUCCAUUGUUAAGUCUUUGUGAUCAAUUUUAGUCUAAAAACUACCAGUGUAUUUUUUUUUUUAAUAUAAAAAUAAAAAUACAUGUAUUCAUUUGAAAUACAUAAAUUAUAUUGAAUUGAAAAACUUGUUUUAUCUGUCAAUAUUUAUUCUAGAAUGGUCUCAUACAGAGCAGAAAUGUUCUCUGGUCCCAAAAAUAGAAUUGUUCACAUAUUAUACAAACAUCUGUUUACACAAUAGAAUCAAAGUACUGAAGAACUGACGGGAGUUGAUUUUGUCGAUGUUUAUUUAUUUUAAAAUCAAUGAUAUGUUAUUUUGCAUGACAAGUACAUGUAUACGUAGUUUUUAAUUUGAAUUACGCAUAUUUUUAUAAUAUGAAUUUUUGAACUAGAAUGUCGAGAAACCUCCAUUUUGUGAAUUGAUCGAUGCUAAAACUUGUUCAUUUUUAUUGAUUUCAAGAUUUAUAAAUCAGCUUGUCCUUCUUCAAUAUUUGUAACUUUUUCAAGCUUAACUUCUGAAAAUGUACAGUGUGUCAUCCACUGUAAAGAAAUUUGUAUAUAUGUAUAAUUGUAUAGUUGUAUGUACCUCAUGUACCAUGGCAUUGAUGGUGAAUGUGCGUAAAAUGAAUAGAGAAAAAGGUAUUAGUAGGACUGUAAGCCUAGUUGCAUGUUUUUAACUGGACAUAUUGUAUUCUGUUAAUGCAACAGGUUUUUAUGUGUAUAUUUCCAAUUUAUUUAUUGUCAUUUAUGUUCAAUAAAUGACUUUUUUUAUCUUCA